AAUCUGAUUCCAAUAGUAAUGAAAUAUUAAAGAUGGGCCAAGCCCAUAUAUUAGUUCACAACCCAAGAUCGAGAUUGAAAUAUUGGGUUUGUAAAGCCUCUGUUUUUUUUUUCCUUAUUUCAGUCCACCUUCAUGUAUUCGAAGAACGAUGUAUCUACUACCAUCAAUGACGUUAAAAACAACCAUUUUUUGGACGUAUUAUAGGAACGAUGUAUUUACCAUAGAUUCACCAAAUAACUUCCAACUAACAUGACGUGUAUAACAAAUGGAAACUUCCCACUAAUGUAGGAGAAACACUAUGCCACAUUCCUAUCCCAUCCUUGGCCAUGAUCUUAUCAACGGUGUUCGCCAUUUCCAGUAAACAGUGUAUAUAUCACGCGUUACACCACAAUUAUGGUGAAUGGGUAACGUACACACGGUCACAACUGACAAGUGACAACUACAUUGUGAAUAUGAUGAACGAUUUGUUUAAUCUAAAUGUUUGAGACUUGGUUGUCCCUAUCAGUUGAAAAACAAAUUAGUUGUGUAAUAUUAUUAGUUUGAAACCUUAAAUCACAGAAGGAACAAAAAAAAACGUACAACCAUCAUUAUCGCUAGUUAAAUGUCUGAUACCGUCCAUAAACAACUACUUCUACUUGCAAGUGCUAAGUCACAGCUCAUGCACGAAUCAUGUUCUAUUGACCCGAAUCUUAGAGUAUAGGACGAAUAAGAUGGAUUAGCUAUCUUUGCACCUGACCUUACCAAAGUCCGUACACAACUCCCCAUUUUAUUUAUUUUGAAUAAAUUAAAUUUAUGUAUGGUGUAUAAUCAAUGGGUGUUGGUUUCCAUUCUUUUUAAAAUUCUCGUGCCUUGUGGUGUUGGUACAUAUAUGCAGCGUGAAAAAUUAUGGAUUUUUAUUCUCAUUUUCUCAAUAAUAUAUUUCAUGUUGUUAUCUAACUUUGAUAUUUUCACGUCUUCUCAUUCUUAUCCAUAUGCACAUUCGUCUAACAAGGGUUCUCAAAAAGGCUAUAAGAUAUUCAAAUGUGUACUUUUCACCAUUUUAAAAUGUAUUUAAACAUUUGGUUAAAAAAGAGAAGAAAUUAAAUUGUAUUUAAUCGUCUCAGUAAAACUUGGAUCUCUUUGAAGAUGAAAAGAAGAUAAGUCAGAAAACGCGGAGACACGUCUUUGUGUUGAAAUUUACUGAGUAACAGUCCAUAUGAAUAUACACAUUCCAUAAUAAAUUUUUGGUUGUAUAUGAAUAUCUUUUGGAGGUGUAAAAGAUAAAAUGAAAAAUGUGGCAACACGUCACUGUUUCAACGUUACCAAAUUUGCAAAUCUACAAAUUUAUUACAUCAUAAAUAUCAUCCUUCAACAUUAUCAUUUUUAGAAGAUAAAAUCACAAAAGAUUUGUUUCCUUUCUACUCAGUUAAAACCAUAAAACAAAAACAGAUUUAACAAAUCAGAUGUAAAAAGGGAUAAAAAAGAAAUAUGUGGCGACACGUUCGUGUCUUUAUUUUAAAAUCUGUUGAGUUUCCAUUGUAGUCAAAGAAGUUAUUAAGACACAUUAAAAAAACGUAAAUUAAUCAGACGGCUAUGGAGGCACCGCAAGCUAUCACCAACCAAGAUCAAUCCACGUGGACGGUGGUAAACAAGCAAAGCAUUCACAAAAAGGCAGCGUAUAUUGAAUUGCUGGUGAUAGAUAUCAGCUGACGUGUAGCGGGGUCCACUUAUUUAAUUAAUUUUAUUGUUUUAAGACAAGAAACCAAACUAAAUUAUAAACAGAGAAGACUUUGGUUGAAACCUAUAUAAAGCGCUCUUCCGUAGCUUUUCAUAUAUUCAACGUACAUCGAUUUCAAUUUCGAUAUAUAUUUUUUUUGUUAUUUUAUUCUGAUUAUUGUAAUGGCGAUGAGGAAGCUUUUGUCGCAGCGUAUGUUCAACGUUUCGAAAAUUGCGUCUCAAGGUCUCAUGAACUGUCGAAUCUCGUCUUCUUCGCUAGCCGUGCGGACCAGGGUUCCUAAAGAACCAGGAGAAGCCACCGUUGAUCCAGAGCCUGCUGAUUCGUGGAUGGAUAUGACCAUGAUGAAGACGCCGUUUGGGGAGAGUCUGAGGGAGAAGCUCCGAGAAAACGACCGGAUUCGAUUAGACGGGCUUUUGCCUCCUCCGUUGAAACACGCGGCGGCGGCGGCGGAGAAGACGGAGGCGUUGGGGCUUACUGCGAGAGACGCGAAGAAGUUGCUUAGAGCUGCGCAGAUCGAGGUGGUGAAAACGAAGCUGAUGGAGACAGGGAGAAGCUGGAUCCCUUACAAUGAGUUCGUUGGUCUUUGCAAUGAUUCUUGUUUGGAUCCUGCUCAAGGGCCUUGGAUCGCUAAGAUGCUUGAUGAUACAGGAAACGUCAUCGUUUUGGGUGAUUACGUUUGCUUAAGACCUGAUCAGGUAACAAAAUCUAUCGAGGGGCUGCUUCCUUUACCACAGAUCCGUAACCCAAACGACCCGAGAAGGAAGGAGCUGAAAGAGCUAGAAGCUACAAAGAAAGUCAUUGACGAGAAAGCACAUUCACUGGUGAGAAGAGAGCUAUGGGCUGGUCUUGGUUACUUGAUACUCCAGACCGCAGGGUUCAUGAGGCUAACGUUCUGGGAACUCACGUGGGACGUUAUGGAGCCAAUCUGUUUCUAUGUCACAUCCGUAUACUUCAUGGCGGGUUACGCUUUUUUCCUUAGGACAGCGAAGGAACCUUCCUUUGAAGGGUUUUACGAGAGUAGGUUUGAGGCUAAACAGAGGAAACUGAUGAAGUCUCAAGAUUUUGAUGUAGGGAGGUAUGAUGAGUUGAAGAAGAUGUUUAAUCCAAAGCCUUCUUCAGCUGCUGUUUCCAAGAUUCUUGGAGCUUUACAAAACUAAUCUUUUGAUUAAGGGGCAUCUUGUUCGAUUCGAUGUGUCGUUGUCCUAACCUGAGAAAGAUAAAUUAACAACCAAAAAUUGUGUGAAAGAAUAGUUACUAAUGAGAGAGAGUAUUCGAAUAGGUGCGGCUUAUAUAACAUUUGGAGAGAAAUAGAAUAUAAUAUGGAAUGUUGUAUUUUGUAAUGAAUACUAUAAAUUAU